AUGGAAGCUGUGUUGGUUUAUGGGCUCUUCCAGCUUCUGCUGCUUCUGACAGAAGCAGCUUCUGCUGCUUCUGCAGAGUCACGGCGAGACGGCUGUCCAACAACGUGCGGGAAUGUUGACAUCCCCUACCCAUUCGGCAUCGGCCCCAACUGCUUCAUGGAGGGCUUCGAGCUGUAUUGCAACAAGACUGAAGCCGGCAUCGAGAAACCUUUUGUGUUCAAUGUCGAGGUCAUCAACAUCUCGGUGCAGCUGGGCCAAGCACGUUUGCUCAGUCCAGUAUCGUCGCAGUGUUACAAUACAAGCACCAAUUCGAGUGACUAUUACGUAUGGAGAAUGAAUUUUGAUGACACCCCAUACAGAUUUUCCGAUGUCCACAACAAGUUCACUAUCAUUGGCUGCAACACCCUUGCCUACAUAGGAAGCCCUCGAGACAACAACAGCUACGAGAGUGGUUGUGUGUCUGUGUGCCACAAUGAGGACAGCCUGGUUGAUGAUUCGUGCUCCGGCAUCGGCUGCUGCCAAACCACCAUCCCGGAGAACCUCACAUACUACAAUAUCCAGUUCGACGCAAACUUCGACAGCUCAAGCAUCUGGGAGUUCAGCCCUUGCAGCUAUGCCAUACUGCUGGAGGCCAGUUGGUUCAAGUUCCACGAGACUUACAUCACCACCAACCAAUUGCAGAACAAGACAGAUGGCUGGGCACCGGUGGUGGUGGACUGGGCGAUCAGAAACGAGACAUGCGAGGUGGCAAAGCUCAACCAUAACUCUUAUGCCUGCAUCAGUGCAAACAGUGUGUGCUUGAGCUCCACCAAUAGUCCUGGAUAUCUCUGUAAUUGUUCAAGUGGCUACCAAGGCAACCCCUAUAUCCACAAUGGAUGCCAAGACAUCGAUGAAUGUGACUAUAAUGAUAAAUAUCCUUGCCAUGGCAUCUGCACCAACACACCUGGUGGCUAUUACUGUUCCUGUCCGCAAGGCACACACGGCAAGGCUUCAAUUGCAGAGUGCACCCCAGACCAGAAACUUCCCUUAGCGGUGAAGGUGGUUAUAGGUACCUCCAGCAGUCUAGCCUUGCUAUUGUUAUGUAGCAUGUGCAUCUACAUGGUUUAUGAAAGAAGAAGAUUUACCAAGGAUAAAGAAAGAUAUUUUAAAGAACAUGGAGGCUGGCUAUUGCUGGAAGAGAUCAAGGGAAAACAAGGCGUUGCAUUCAAGAUAUUCACAAACCAAGAACUAGAACAGGCGACCGAUAGGUUCGAUGAUAACCGAGUCCUUGGUCGAGGAGGAUAUGGAACGGUUUAUAAAGGAGUUUUGGAGGACAACCAAAUCGUUGCUGUCAAGAAACCUAAGAUGAUCAAUGAGAUCAGCAACAAUGAAUUUGGAAAGGAGAUGUUCAUUCUAUCACAGAUCAACCACAAGAACAUAGUUAAGCUCUUGGGUUGCUGUCUGGAAGUGGAGGUUCCGAUGUUGGUCUAUGAGUUCGUCACCAACGGGACCCUGUUUCAUCUUAUCCAUGAACAUAACAGGACAUCUCCCAUUCCCUUGGGUACCCGCCUAAGGAUUGCUUAUGAGUCUGCUGAUGCUCUGGCUUACUUGCAUUCAUCAGCUUCACCUCCGAUCAUUCAUGGAGAUGUGAAGCCCUCCAACAUACUUUUAGAUGAGAAUUACAUGGCAAAAGUUUCAGAUUUUGGGGCUUCAAAGCUAGUACCAAAGGAUGAAGACCAGUUUGCUACCUUGGUGCAAGGGACUUGUGGUUACUUAGAUCCUGAGUACCUCCAAACAUGCCAAUUAACGGACAAAAGUGAUGUUUACAGCUUCGGCGUAGUUCUUCUAGAACUACUGACGGGUAAAAAGGCACUUUGUUUUGAAGGAUCUGAAGAAGAAAGGAGCCUCGCAUCAAAUUUCAUUGCGGCCAUGAACGAGAAUCGACUUCUUGAGAUCUUGGACAAUCAGGUAAAAAGUGAAGGGGAUAUGGAACUGAUACAAGAAAUUAGCGAGCUUGCAAAACAAUGCUUGAACGUUAGGGGAGAAGAACGGCCGACGAUGAAGGAAGUGGCAACGGAGCUUGACAAGUUGAGAAAAUCUAAGCUGCAUCCAUGGAUACCACACAAUGCUGAGGAGACUGAGAGCUUGCUCGGUGAAUCAUCAAAUGAUCAUGGAUUAAAUUAUAAUGGGAUAGAUACGACUACCAGCUAUACUACUGAGAAAAGGUUGGCAUUAGAUAUCGAAUAUGGAAGGUAAAUUUACAAUAAAUUUACAGCACCCAAGAACAUCAUCGAUCAUUUUCUGUGGUGCUUAAAAUGCAUCUUAAAUGAACACUGGUCUCGAGUGUACUCAAUGAUUGGUUUGUGUUUGUGUGUGUGUGAAAAGGAGGAAGACUUCUGUCCCUAGCAUUUGCUACUGUAAUGAAUGAUUCUCUAGAUUAGUAUGCCAGAGUAAUAAAAUUCUUCUAUUUAUUUCCCCAA